GUGAAGAAGCGACCGGACUACAGGGACGCAUACAGUCGAUGAGCUCUUAGGAGCCAACACAUUUCUCACAUUUUUGGGGAUCCCACCAUCUAACAGUCAGGAUGGCUCGGGAUAUGUCAGAUAAGGAAAUCUUGAAAAUGGAGCUGGACCAGUUGAAGAAGGAAGUUAGCACAACUAGGACACCGCUGGCUGCAAGUUGUGCAGAAACGGUCUCUUAUGUCGAGGCGCUGGUACCAAACGAUCCGCUGAUAAAGGGCGUUGCAGAUGACAAGAACCCCUACAAGGGAGACAAGGGAGGCUGCGUACUAACAUAGCACAAAGACACGCAGGGAAUAGUCAAACAGUUUUUUAUGAGAGCCGGUUACAUCGCUGUUUUCAUCCCUGUGGAAUCCUUGUGGGUAAAAAUGUACAGUAGUAGGAACACUGAGAUCUGUAAAGGUUAUUGCUACCAGGAGAAAGACCCUUUUCCGUCACCGGAUUACUGUAUGUACCUGUUGAUAUGAAAAUGUUUCUUUGCCAAUUUGUAAUUAAAUGCAAAUAGCUGUACAAAG